GUGGAAUCAUUUUGCUAGUCCUGAUACUAGGACUAUUGCUCCAAUUGCUCCUGUUAAUGGUCAAGGUCUAUAGUCUACUAAGUGGAAUGGGUGGAAUCAUUUUGCUAGUCCUGAUACUAGUACUAUUGCUCCAAUUGCUCCUGUUAAUGGUCAAGGUCUAUAGUCUACUAAGUGGAAUGGGUGGAAUCAUUUUGCUAGUCCUGAUACUAGGACUAUUGCUCCAAUUGCUCUUGUUAAUGGUCAAGGUCUAUAGUCUACUAAGUGGAAUGGGUGGAAUCAUUUUGCUAGUCCUGAUACUAGUACUAUUGCUCCAAUUGCUCCUGUUAAUGGUCAAGGUCUAUAGUCUACUAAGUGGAAUGGGUGGUUUGAGUGAGUUGUUAACAUAGGUUUAAUAUACUUCUCUAGAAUAGAGAGUUCUUAGAAUUGAGAAAACAUAGGCUUGAAUUAUUGCUACUGCUGAUUCUAGAAUUAAUAGAAGUAUUUGUCCAAUAAUUAGUAAUGAGAUUAAGUUUAUUGCUAUAGAUGGUCCUGUGUUUCCUAAUAAGGUUAAUAAUAAGUGUCCUGCAAUUAUAUUUGCUGCCAACCGUACUGCUAAUGUACCUGGUCGAAUAACAUUACUAAUUGUUUCAAUUAGUACUAUAAAUGAUAUUAAUGCAGGCGGUGUACCUUGUGGUACAAGGUGUGUAAAUAUAUGAUUAGUAUGGUUAAUUCAUCCAAAUAAUAUAAAUCUUAGCCAUAUAGGUAGGGCAAUUGCAAAUGUUAAUGCUAAAUGUCUUGUUCUAGUAAAAAUAUAAGGGAAUAAUCCUAUGAAAUUGUUAAAUAAUAUUAUAAUAAAAAUUGAGAUGAAAAUGAAUGUUGUUCCAUUAAAUGAUUUUGGUCAAAGAAGUGUUUUAAAUUCAUUAUGUAAGGUUAAAUUUAGUUUAUUUCAGAUAAUGUUAAUUCGUGAUGGUGUAAGUCAAAAUAGUGAUGGGAUUAAUAAUAGUCCUAGAAAUGUUCUAGUUCAAUUUAAUGAUAAAUUAAAGAUGUUAGUUGAUGGGUCAAAUGUUGAGAAUAGAUUUGUUAUCAUUUUCAAAUUUAAGUUUUUUAUUUCAAUUGUUCCUUUUUCUGCUCUUUUAAUAAGGUUAGGUUUAAAUGAGAAGAAGUUUAUUUGAUUAAACAAGAUUAAUGUAGCUGAAAAUAUAAUGAAUAGUGAGAAUCAUAUAAGAGGGGAUAUUUGAGGGAUUUGGAUAUAAUUUCCCCAUCAGAAGUAGUCGUUAAUUUCCUAUUAUUUGGUUUAAGAGACCAUUACUUAC